GUGUCACGUAAUGUCGAAAUAGGACAGAGUACUCUUACGCCAACCUGCUUUCGGCUCAGUCUGGCGUGGCAGUACCGAGACAGUUGGUUUUCGCCUUGCGCUUCUUUCGCAAAAUCGACACUGUUUCCAUGACGACCUAAGGCGAUAGUCACACGCAGGCCUCUACACAUGAGACGCACGCCGAUUCUGGCGCUGCUGGCGCUGCAAGCCGCGCUCGCUAGUGCCGUUCCAGCGGCAGAGCUUGGGCUGUGGCCCAAGCCGCAGCGCCUGGUCGUUACUGAUGAGACGCUGGCGCUCGAUCCGCUUGGGCUUCCGGUCUCCUGCAAGCCCGCGCCUUGCGGGCAGGUGGUGCUCAUGGCCGUGGCGCGGUUCCGCAAGAACGCGCGCCUGAGCCACUACCGCCCCGCCACCUGGGCCGCACCGGCCGGCGCUACUGCCGGUGCCACUGCUACCGCCGGUGCCCCUGCUGCUACUGCUGCAACUGCUGCUGCCGCCGUGACGGAGCUGGUGUUGCAUGUGAAGGACCAGUCUGCACCACUGCAGCUGGGGGUGGAUGAGGCGUACGACAUACAGGUGCCCGGCGGCGGCGGCGGCUCCGUCCACAUCCGCGCCGCCACCCAGUGGGGAGCCCUGCACGCGCUGGAGACGCUGAGCCAGCUAGUGGUGGAGGUGGAGGGACCGGCAGUAGCAGCAGGUGCUGGCGCGGCAGUAGCAGCAGUAGUAGCAGUGGCAGAAGGCGCCGCCGCAGCAGCAGCAGGGGGCCGCAAGGCGGCGCUACAGCCCAAGGGGAACAAGGGGGAGCUGCUACAGCCGCACGAGAUGCUACAGCCGCAGUUGGCGCUGGUGGUUGCCAACGUCAGCGACUGGCCGCGCUUCCCGCACCGCGGUCUGCUCCUGGACACGGCGCGGCACUUCCUGCCGCUGCCGGCCCUGCGCGCCGCCGUGGUCGCGCUGGCGGCGGUCAAGAUGAACACACUGCACUGGCACGCCGUGGACGACCAGUCCUUCCCACUGGCAGCAGUGGCGGAGGCGGCGGGGCUGCCGGACCUGGCUGCCCGGGGCGCCUUCGGGCCGCGCAUGAGCUACAGCCGACAGGACGUGGAAAGCCUGGUGGUGUACGCGGCGGCGCGUGGCGUGCGGGUUUUGCUGGAGCUUGACACCCCCGGCCACGCCCGGUCCUGGGGCGCGGGCCUCCCCGGCCUGCUGAGUGACUGCGGCGGCGCCGGCGGCGGCGGCAGUGCGGGCAGCGGCGGCGGCACCACUGGCACCAUUGACCCCACCAAGGACUCCUCCUACGCGGCUGUGGGGUCAGUGCUGGCGGCCGCCGCCGCACUGCUGCCGGAGCGCCUGCUGCACCUGGGGGGAGACGAGGUGGACGUGGGGUGCUGGGCGGCUGACCCGGCCGUGCGCGACUGGAUGGCCCGCCACGGCCUCAGCGGCGACGACGAGGGAGCGUACCUGGCGCUGCAGGCUCACUACAUGGGCAGGGUCCUGCGCGACGUCGUCAGCGGCCGAGGCAGCGGCGCAGCAGGCGGUGCCGCUGCUGCUGCUGCUACAGCUGCUGCUACAGCUUCUGCUACAGCUUCAGAUCCAGCUUCAGGUUCAGGCAGUGGUGUUGGGGGCGGUGGCGGUGGCGGUGGCGGCGCUCCCCCGCGCACCCCGGUGGUGUGGCAGGAGGCGUUCGACGUGGCGGGCGGGGCGCAGCUGCCGCGGGAGACCAUUGUGCAGGUGUGGAAGUCCGACCGCGGCCCCACCUCCCGCCGGAGCCCCGGAGCCGAUGCAGCCGCCACCACUGCCGCUGCUGCUACAGCCGCCACCACUGCCGCUGCUGCUACAGCCGCCACCACUGCCGCUGCUGCUACAGCCAUCACCCUUGCCGCAGCUGCUACAGCCGCCUCAACUGCCGCAGCUGCUACUGCCGACGCGCAGCAGGCCCGGCUGCGGGAGGCGGCGGCGGCAGCGGCAGCGGCAGCGGCGGUGGCGGCGGCUGGCGGCUGGACCUCCUCGUCUUCCUCUGCCUCCCUGACCGACCCGCAGGCUGACGUGGCGGGCUGGGCGCUGGAGGCGGAGGUGGAGAUGGAGGCGGCGGCGGCGGCGGGGGUGGAGGCGGCGCUGGCGGCGGCGGUGGCGGCUGACCCGGGUCUGGAUGAGGACGAGCGGGAGGAGCUGGCGGAGAUGCUGGAGGCAGAGGCGUUCGCGCAGGAGUGGGUGCAGCAACGGCGCCUGCUGUUUGACUGGAGCAACCUCUGGGGCGGCGGCGGCGGCGGCGGCGGCGGCAACAACAACGCGGCAGAGCGCACCGGCGGCCACGGCGGCGGCUCCGGCGGCGCCGGCGGCGGUGGCGGAAUGAUGCGCGGCGGCGGCCUCCGUGCUGGUGGCGGCGGCGGCGGCGGCGCUGCUGGCGGCGGCGAGCUUGGAGAGGGUGGCAUGCCGGUCCGGCGCAAGAAGAAGAUGAAGAAAAAGAAGAAGAUGAAGAAGCGCAAGAUUGUGCCGGCUGGCGGCGGCGGCGGCGGCGACGGCUAUGGCGGCGGCGGCGCCGAUGAUGAUGAUGACACAGGCGCCUGGCGCCGCCGCACACUGCUGGGGCAGCGGCUGCGCUUUGCCCACCCCGAGGACGCCAACGAGGCGGAGCGGCCGUCGCUGUCCCUCGCCCGGCCGUACCUGCACCCGGGGCCACACCGCGCCAUCACCGUACCACGACACCGCCAGGAGCAGGAGGAGCAGGAGGGUAAGAAGCAGCAGCAGCAGCAGGUGGAGGUGGAGGUGGAGGUUGCGGCCGUGAUGCCGGUAGAGCAGCAGCAGAUGGAGGUGGAGAAGGAGCAGCAGCAGCAGCAGCAGCAGCAGAAGGCGGCAGCGGUGCUGCGGCAUCGCGGCAUCGGCUCCGGCUCCGGCUCCUCCUCCUCUGCCGCCUCCAGCUCCUCCUCCGACACCGCCUCACGCUUCUACACCGGCGCCACCACCCGCCAGCACCACGCCCAGCUCCGGACCCAACAGACACACACCCAGACGGACCCACAGCAGCAGCAGCAGGUUCAACAGCAGGGCCAGCAGCAGCAGCAGCAGGGUGAGAAGCAGCAGGAGGGCGAUCAGCAGGAGGCCGACGCCGCCGCCCAUGCCGCCGCGGGCGCCGCUGCUGACCUCCAGGCAGCGACCACGGGCCCGGCGACCACGGCCGCGGCUGGCGACACGGCGGCCGUUGCGGCUGCAGCUGCAGCUGCUCAGGACACGCACGCAGCCGCAGGCACCGCCGAUCAUGACAAGGCACACGGUGACGGCGGCGGCAACAGCAAUACUGGUUACGACAGUGGCGGCGACGUGGACACGCGGCGGGCACUGGCGGCGCUGCGCGGCGCAGUGACGGCGGCGCGGGCGGCGCGGCUGGGGGAGCGGGGCCAGGGCGAGGAGCUGGCGGCGGUGACGGCGGCGGGCUUCAGGGCCAUCGUGUCGUCCGGCUGGUACCUGGACUGGGUGAGUUGGGGUCAGGACUGGCGCCGCUACUGGGCCCAGGAGCCACUGGCGGGGCUGGGCAGCGCGGCGCAGCGGGCGCUGGUGAUCGGAGGCGAGGCAUGCAUGUGGGGCGAGUACGUGGACGCCACCAAUCUGAUGUCGAGGACAUGGCCGCGCGCCAGCGCCGUCGCGGAACGGCUGUGGUCGGCGCCGCUUGAGCCCGACAACAACGACAACAACGACGACAACGACAACAACACCCAGCGGCAGCAGCAGCAGCGGCAGCAGCAGCAGCAGCAGCAGCAGGAGGCGGAGGAGGACGCGGCUGCGCGCAUUGCGGUGCACCGCUGCCGACUGCUGGCCCGCGGCAUCCCAGCCCAACCGCUGGCGCCCGGCGCCUGCCCCAAUGACGGCGACUUCGAUGACGUCAGCAGCGGCAGCAGGGAGGAGGAGCAGGCGGAGUAGACCGACCAGGAGGGGGGUAGCUGGGGGCGUUCUGGGGUGUGUUAGGUGUGUAGUGUGGGGAGGCGUGUCUGGUGGUCUGGUGGCCCGUGGUCUGGUACAGCGCGCGCGGCGUCGUGGGGGGGCGGCCUGUGUGGUCUGGGCGGGUGGUGAGUUGGGGCGGCACCGCGGGCGAUAUAUGCUUGGAUUGCGUGCAAUAGAUUAAAACCGUCGGCACGGUGGUUGGGUUUUAUCAGAGAGACAGAUGGGGUAGCUAGGUGGGUUAGGUAGAUCGGGGUGAAACGACUCAGAUAAGUGCAUUCAACGGGAAUGUUAUCACGGUGCAUGAUUGCGAGGGGAUUGAAGGAGAAAACCACGGGCCGUGCACGACUGCACGGGUGUUCACAUAAUUCUGGGUGAUCCGUGAGUGCCUACGUGCAACGACCUACUGAUCC